AUGGUGCGAUAUUCGAAGGUAUCCGCUGUGGCGGCGGCGUUAUUGCUUCCUUACGCCUGGGCACAGUUCGUACCCGCUCCAACCGACUUGAUCACCAAGAAGGGGUAUGCGGGGAUCAACGUGCGAUACAAAGAAGUCCCUGCUGGAAUUUGCGAGCAAGAUGCCAAUGUGAAGAGUUAUUCUGGAUAUGCGGACGUCAGUGAAAAUGAGCACAUCUUUUGGUGGUUCUUCGAAGCUAGAAAUGAAGAUCCAAAGAAGGCACCACUCACCGUCUGGAUCAACGGGGGACCAGGCUCGUCUUCCAUGAUUGGACUUUUCCAAGAACUAGGCCCAUGCGGAGUCGAUUCCGAUGGCAACGCCUACAACAACCCCUACUCAUGGUCCAAUGCGAGCAACAUGCUUUUCAUCGACCAGCCAACGACGGUCGGACUUUCAUACUCGAUUCCCGUCCCCGCAUAUCAAGAUAGCGAUGGCAACAUCAUCCAACUGCCCAGCGAAUCAUGCCCCGAUUAUGCGCAGGAGGUUGGCACCUGCGGCACAUACUCCAAAUCUGACAUCAGCCUCGUGCCAAACUCGACCCAAGGAGCAGCCCCGAACAUGUGGAAGACGCUGCAGGGAUUCAUGGGCGCAUUCCCGCAGUACUCGCGCAAUGGCUUCUCCUUCACGACGGAGAGUUAUGGCGGUCACUACGGCCCUGUGUUCAACGAAUACUUCCUCCAACAAAACGCAAAGAAAAUCAAGGGCGCAAUCGACAUCAAGCUCGAAAACGUCCUCAUCGGAAACGGCUGGUUCGACCCUCUAAUCCAAUACCAAGCUUACUACAACUUCUCCGUCUUCCCCGGUAACACCUACGACUACGAUCCAUACAACGCCUCCGUCAAGGCAGAGUGGUACAAUAACCUCUACGGCGAAGGGAACUGCGUCGACAAAACGAAGCAAUGCUACGCAACCGGGCGCAACGAUAUCUGCGCUAUAGCGGAUAAUUUCUGCGCCAACAAGGUCGAGAAUAUGUUCGAUAUUUACUCUGGUCGCGAUGAGUAUGAUUCGCGCGAGUUGAUGCCUGAUCCGUUCCCGUACGAGUACUAUGUCGAUUAUUUGAAUAGUCCGAAGGUUCAGGCUGCGAUUGGCGCAUACCAGAAUUUCUCGGAGUCCUCGUCUACGGUGGGGAAUGCGUUCUCGAGUACUGGUGACGAUGACCGGGAGUCGAAUACUAUCGAGGAUGUGCAGAAGUUGUUGGAGGCUGGCGUGCAGGUGGUGAUGUAUUUCGGUGAUGCUGACUACAACUGCAACUGGCUAGGCGGCCAAGUCGUCGCGGGCGAAAUCAACGCCCCAGGCUACAGAAACGCAGGAUUCGUCAACAUCACAACCUCCGACGGCAUUGUGCACGGCCAAGUCCGUCAAAGCGAUUUAUACAGUUUCGUGCGCAUCUACGAGUCCGGCCAUGAAGUGCCCUUCUAUCAACCCCUUGCCGCACUGGAGCUCUUCGAGCGAGCGCUCGGAAGAAAAGACAUCGCGACGGGUAAACAUGCGGUUACUUCGCACGGUGGGUAUAAGACCCAUGGACCGCCCACGAGUGAUUACCGGGAGGGUAAUAGCACUGUUGUUAUGGAGGUGCUUCCCAGUGAUGCUACGUAUAACACGACUUUGAAUGGGCCGAACCCGACGAGUUCGACUAAGGUGCGCAGGGAGAACUUGCAGGGUCGGUCUCAGAGUAAGAUGAAGGCUGUGAGGAAAGUGAGGCGGUCGAUGAGGGGAAGACGGUUGGUUUGA